AAAUAUACGUGCUCAUGAACACACAAUAAUAAUACGUAUAAAUCUAUAGAUACACACACAAUAUUAUUAUAAAUUUAUAUGUAUCGAUAGGUGGUGCCAAACAAUCAUAAAUGUACUUCUCACACAACCCCAUUUUUUUAAUUUUUUCCUUUUCUUGAUUGAUGAGCUCUCCUCCUUUUGCUUCUUGCAGUUGAACAAGCAAACUCAAUUAUUGAUUUUUUGCUUCUUGCAGAAAUUAAAUAAUUUAUAAAAAAAAAAAAAAAAAACCCAGAAUUUGAGAGCUAAUCAGAUAAUCAAAUCAUGUCUUCCCCAACCAAGCGGCGUGAGAUGGAUUUAAUGAAGCUGAUGAUGAGUGAUUACAAGGUGGAGAUGAUUAAUGAUGGCAUGCAUCAGUUCUAUGUUCAUUUCCAUGGACCCAGUGACAGUCCUUACCAUGGUGGUGUGUGGAAAGUGAGGGUUGAACUUCCCGAUGCAUACCCGUAUAAAUCUCCGUCAAUCGGGUUUAUUAACAAGAUGUAUCACCCAAAUGUCGACGAAACGUCGGGAUCGGUGUGUUUGGAUGUUAUCAACCAGACCUGGAGCCCCAUGUUUGACUUGGUGAAUGUGUUUGAGGUAUUUCUGCCGCAGCUUUUGUUGUAUCCAAAUCCUUCCGACCCAUUGAAUGGAGAAGCUGCAGCUUUGAUGAUGCGAGACAAAGCCGCUUACGAACAAAAAGUCAAAGAAUAUUGUGAGAGAUACGCGAAAGCAGAAGAUGUGGGGCCCGUUUCGGAAGAGGAAUCGAGCGAUGAGGAGCUGAGUGAAGCCGGGUAUGACUCGAGUGACGAUGCAAUUGUGGGACCCGUUGAUCCUUAGCCUUUGCCGCGCUCGUCUCUGUACUCCGAACUCACUCCAGUUUGUGUACAUUAUGCUGUACUGUACUUUAGUGUUUGCUCAAGAUUUAUUCAAAACUGCACAUAUGUGAAAACUGCUAUUUAAAAUGCACUAAGGAAUAAUAUCUGUCCUAAAGUCUGUUGUUUAUGUAAAUACAUGUAACAUUGUUACUACCAUUUCAUUCAUUACAUAUUUUUCUUGUUCUUU